AUGAUGUUACCUUCGAAUAAUAUUGAUAUAGGGAGAGAUAUGGUUCAUGAAAUCGAAGUUGAUAUCUCUGUAAUACCAAAACCGGAAAGCACAGAAGGCAGAGACUUAUUAAAAAAAGUGCAGAUCAGGUGCAGCUUAUCGUGGAACAUCGAUGCUAGAGAAUUAGGAAAUUUGCUCAAUAGCCCCGAGAUCAACACUCUUAUAGAUUGCCACGACGAUAUAGCAAAAAUAUACGAAAAUACCAAACCUGAAAAAAAUAACUUGCCAAAAUUAUUUCCAAACGGAAUAACUGGACAGGAGUACAGAAUAAUGGGGGUCCGACAAAAACCGGGAGAACUUCUAGGAUUAACGGUGCAAGUUGAUGAAAACGGAAAUUUUACAACAGUUCGAAUAAUUGAAGGUGUUAUGAUAAAAAAACAUGAUAAACAAUAUGUUACAUGUCGGAGACAUUAUCUGGAGGUUAACGGAACUCCAGUAGCUACCCCCGAAGAUUUGCAAACGGGAAUCGCAAAAACGAAGGACCACCUGACCCUCAAAGUUCACAGUAAUACCGGAAACGGUAAAGUGACACAUUCAAAUAUUGUUAUGGCCAAUGGAAUAACUAAAAAAUUAACGUGCUACAUGCGAGCUCCCUAUGAAUACAUUCCCCAAGAAGACACACUUCUGCCAUGUAAAGCAAUAGACCUUCCAUUUGAUCGUGGAGAUAUUCUCCAGAUAGUCGAUCAACGCGAUCCUAAUUGGUGGCAGGCGAAACAAGCUGGAAAUGAUCCAAGUUACACAGUUGGAGAAUCUAUUCCUGCCGACUGCUAUCAGUAA